AUGCCUAUCAGAUCAUGGUUCCCGAACAUGGUGAUGGCGAUGAUUUCCGGGCCGAGUAGAUCAAGACCGGCUCAGGCAUCGUUCAAGAUUCAGCCCAAGAUGACCAAGUGGGAGGUGAAGGAAUACCUAACCAAGAUCUACAACGUGCCGGUCAAGAAGGUGAUGACUCAAAACUUCGAGGGAAAGCGCAAGCGAAUAAUGGGGAAGCGGUCGAUCGUGCCGUACAAACGACCAAACUUCAAGAAGGCGAUAGUCACCUUCGCAAGCCCGCAGUGGACGCCGAACAAGGGGCCGCCGUCGCUGCCUAGCUAACUCGCCACCGAUUGUAGCCCAGUCGUAGCAAGCGUUUGAGGCUGGUGCUUGGGUGUGUGUAUGCACUUGAUUGGGGUUACCAACCCGAACAGCAGUGGUGUCCUGCCGACCGCCCAAGUUUAUGAAAUGAAGUACGAGGCGCGCCUCCAUGAGUAUCAACGAGUGCUGACUGCGUGAUGCCACUAUUUGGUAUGGCUAUUGCGGUGUCGCCAUGUUUGGCGCUAUUUGUAAACGGAGGCAUUGCUUGAUUUUGGCCGUUGCCAGGUGGGGUCUGACCCUGCUAACCUAGUGAGGGGGGCGGCCUUCGCUGCAUGCUUUUCUUUUUGUUGUUGGGUAUCCAGACCGCGUUGUGAACGAAGGCAUUGAACACGUGUUG